AUGCUAACACCGCCUCACAGUGGCUUCGUAUGCAUUUCGCUGACGCCUGAACGUCUCAAUACACUUCGACUCCCGAUGAUGGUCCCAGAGAACCAAGAAAAGCACAAGACGGCGUACACGAUUACGGUGGAUUAUCGCCACGAUACAACGACAGGCAUAUCUGCACAUGAUCGUGCAUUGACAUCGCGGAUGCUCGCUGAUCCAUCUCUUGGUGCGACGGCCGGCGACUUUUCUCGCCCUGGUCACAUGAAUCCUUUGCGGUACACGCCAGGAGGCGUUCAGGUACGUCAAGGCCACACAGAAGCGGCCGUCGAUCUAUGCAAGGCAGCUGGGCUUCCGCCAGCCGGUCUUUUGUGUGAACUUGUCGAUCCGAAUGAUCAGAUGGGCAACAUUGCAGCGCGUGAUGCAAGCUUGGCCUUUGCGCGGGCGCAUGGUCUCAAAGUGGCAACCAUUGAAGCAUUGCGUGCAUGGCAGCAGCAGCAGCAGCAGCAGCAGCAACCAUCUCGACCAUAUCAGUAA